CGGCGGGAUCCGGAGCGGCCACCUCCUGCCACGUGCUGGGGUGGAGGGCGGCGAGCGCGCGCGCGCCGUAGUCGUUACCGCCGCCGUUAGUCUUCGGCGAAGGUCUACCCCGGCGCGGUCUCGGUUCCCCCCCCCCCCCACCUCCCGCCGUUUUUCCUUCCCGGGGAGGAGCCGCGGAGAAUGGAGUUCAAGCUGGAGGCGCACCGGAUCGUCAGCAUUUCCCUGGGCAAGAUCUACAACUCGCGGGUGCAACGCGGCGGCAUCAAGCUGCACAAGAACCUGCUGGUCUCGCUGGUGCUGCGCAGCGCCCGCCAGGUCUACCUGAGCGACCCCUGCCAGGGGCUCUGCCUGGGCCCGGCCGCCGGGCCCCCGCAGGGCUGGGGAGAGGCGGCCGAGGCCCCCCCGGACGCCAUGGAGCCGGAGCGGCCGGCGGACACCGAGGCGCCGAGGGCGGGCAGCGGCGACUCCCUGCCGGGGGAGGAGGAGGCGCCCGGCCCCAGCGCGCAAAGCGGAGAAGGAGGAGCGGGAGGCGGCUCAAGUCCUGCCCCCCACCGAGACGCCCCGGGCGCGGACGAGCCCUCGGCGCGGCGCUGCCCCUGCUGCCGGCGCUGCUGCGACCUCCCCGGCGACGGCGACGGCGGCGGCGGCUCGGGCGGCUCGGGCGGCUGCGGUUGCCGCCGCCGGCCGGAGGACCAGCCCGCGCCGCCGUCGCCCAACUGCCCCAGGAAGAGGAGCGGGGCCGGGCCCCGCCCGGCGGCCGGCUCGUCCCCGCUGAAGAAGCCGCGGAGAGACUCGCCCGGCGACGAGGAGGAGGAGAUGGAGACGGGCAACGUGGCCAACCUCAUCACCAUCUUCGGCUCCGGCUUCUCGGGACUGCUGCGCAAAAGCCCCGGCGGAGGCCCGGAGGGCGAGGAGGGGCCGCCCCAGCCCGGCCCGGAGGGAGCCGGGGCCGAGCCCGGAGCCGCCCCGGUCUGCUGCGACAAGCCCGUGCUCAGGAACCUCAACCCCUGGGGCACGGCCAUCGUGGCCUUCUGACCGGCCGGGCCGGGCCGGGCCGGGGCCUCGGGGACCGGACUGGACGCCCUGGCAGCCGCACGGGGCUGUGCCUUCCCCUCCACCCCCCUCCCGGUAUUAGAAGCACCCGGGGGGCUGUGUGUGUAGUGGGCGGUGGAAAGGCACCCGUUGUCAUCUGGACGCUGUGCUGCGUUAGUCGGACCCUGAGGUGCGGCGAGACUCUCUUCCUCCUUCUUCUGGGCCCUCCUCCGCCUUCCCCCCCCGCCUCGAACCCACUCCCCGCCCCCCUUCUCGGGCGGGGGCUUUCCUGCCCCGAUACCAAGAAGGAAGGAGUGAGCGGGGCCGGGGACUUCCCCGACCUCCCUCCAGCCCGGGGGAGGGAAGGGACUUUUACCCGCCCUUCACAUGCGAGCUAGAAACCGACCGCCGGCCCCAGCGGCACUUCCUUCCAGGAUUUCCUAAGGCUAAAGUUUUUUGGUUCUUCCCCCCACCCCUUCCUCUGGAGUUCUGUCUUCCUGUCUCCCCCGAUCACUCCUCCUCCUCCCCCCGGUUAAUAUUGGGGGGCGGGCAGUCUUCAACACUCCUGUCUCCCGCCCCCCGACAAAAUAAGCUUGGCUUCCCGGGAGAGACCAAGCUUGGAAAAACUGUUUAUGAAUAUAUAUAUAUAUAGAUAUAUAUAUAUAUAUAUUUAAAAGCUCUAAGUCAGAACUAUUACCCAGUGCUUUUAAAAAGUGUUUAAGGAAGCAGAACAAAGUUUACAGAUACCCUUAAUGGAAAGGCCUCGGGUCUUUUUGUAGAUUUGGUGACUUCAGCCUUUGUUGUAUAAAGGCAGGGGUAGCUUGUGGGGGUUUUGUACAGUAUUUUCUCCACGGUGUAUUGACUUUGUAUAAAUGUAACUACGUGUCUGACACGUAUUAAAUAUUUUGAAGCAA